AUGAGAGACUACAAACUCGUCGUACUGGGCGCCGGUGGUGUAGGCAAAUCAUGUUUGACCGUUCAGUUUGUUCAAGGAGUUUAUCUAGACACAUAUGAUCCGACAAUUGAAGAUUCCUAUCGAAAGACGAUCGAUAUCGACAAUAAAAUCUUCGAUCUAGAGAUUUUAGACACAGCUGGUGUUGCACAAUUUACCGCCAUGAGAGAACUAUACAUCAAAUCAGGUAUGGGUUUUUUAUUGGUGUACUCUGUUACUGAUCGUCAAUCCCUAGACGAGCUCAUGGAACUCAGGGAGCAAGUACUAAGGAUAAAAGAUAUGGAUCGUGUUCCUAUGGUCUUGGCAGGAAACAAAGCAGAUUUGAAUGACGAAAGAAAAAUAAGUGUCGAGGAAGGCAUCGAAGUUAGUAGUAAAUGGGGAAAAGUACCAUUUUAUGAAACUAGUGCCCUACAAAGAAGUAACGUGGAUGAGGUGUUCGUCGAUUUGGUAAGACAAAUUACAAGGAACGAAAUGCAGAGCGUGGGUGGACAAGAUAAAUCUAAAUCCAAAUCUUCUCUUUCGAAUGGGUAUGUACAAGAUGGAAAUAAGGAAGCAGAGACACCAAAAACUAGUAAUAAUAGGGGAAAAAAUCUUGUGAAUUCGCCCACUGUAGAUGACAGCAGCCGAAAGGGCAAGAGUAAAGUCAAAAAUAAAAAGAAGAAAGGCCCAUGUAGUAUCCUAUAG